UUCCCCUCCCCCAUCACAAGUCAGAAACCCCAGACCUCACAGCAUCUCGAUAGCACAUUGCCUUGCUAGCUCGAGCAACCGAAACCGAGAAUUGUGCAUUGUCAAUCGCAACAAUGGCAUCGGUAACCUCGCAAUCGCACCCACUCCUGCUCGCGACUAGUGCAGCCUACGGCGUGCUAGCCCUAGGCCACACGAUGAAAGGCCUCGAUCAAUUCAAACAUCCAACCAUGAAUACGCUUCCGCUCGUGCUUCGGGGCGCCUCCAAGAUUGGCUGGUACGAAGGCAGUGGAUUCUUUGUGAUCAUGAGCAUCCUCAAUUACAAAUGGUCUCAGGUUGGAGUGUACGACAUAUAUGACAAGAGCAUUGCUGCCAUCUUGACAGGGCUCUUGGCUGCCGCUGGCGCGGCUUAUUGGAAAUCCAACGACAAGCCAACCGCCGUGACGCUGGCUACAGUGGCUAUCCUGCAGGGUCUUGGCGUGAGGAACGGAUGGUACUAUCGCUCUCUUUAGACAAUCGCGUGCUUAGCAGGCCUCAUCGCUAUCAGUGUCACGUCACAUGCAUGAUAUUGUACUUUGGCCAAAGUUUAAGAAAAAGCAAGCAUCAUUACUCCUGAGCCAGGUCUGCUACCAAGGCGCCGUUUUGUACAGAUAAUCCGUGUGAAAUUGUAAAAAAAGCAAACCGUGUAAUGGGGUAUAGAACACUGCCCUGAUGCCGCCCACUAUGAUGAUCCGAAUGCACCGCAUUCAUACAAAAACCCCAGUUCCCAUACCAUGAAUCAUAACCCAUUAUCAAUCCCCCUGCCAGGAGCACCAUUCAUGUAGAGAAACAAGAUGGAGAUGCUGUACACAAGGCCUUGCCUACUUGUUGGCUUUGUUGACCUUGC